CUCCGCUGGGCCUCCCAGGAGCCCGCGAAAGUGGCGACAGCGACAGUUGCACAGAUCGUUCCGUAGCCAUUUUGGCUCAAGCCGCUUUGUUUUGAGGGAGGACUCCGAACUGGCCCCGCGCGCCGGCACAGCAACAGAACUCACCUCUCAGAACAGCAGGACACCAGCAUGCUCAGCCCUCGUGCCAUGGUCCGAGACGGCGAGGCGAGUCUCGCCGAGCCCAGGAAGGGCGGGGCCGCGAGCCCCGCCUCGGCCCCCACGCGGUGCCCGUCCGCGGAGCUGCUCGACUUCGGCGGCGCCACGGGCGCCGACGCGCGCGAGGGGAGCCGGGGCGCCCCCGUGCUGCCGGAGGGCGGCGAGGAGCCGGUGCUCCUCGAGCAGGCGCUCCUGCCGGCACCGCAGAUCCUGCCCGCACCGCAGACCACCAGGAGUAUGCCUGCGGCGCCGGCGCCGAGAGCUGCCCCCGUGAGGCGCCUUCGCUCCGAGUCGUAUUGGGAGCAGCAGAGGGCCGCGGCUGCCCUGCAGCCGAGGUGCUCGCCCUGGGAGGUGGGCGUGAGGGAGCGGCGCCUGGUUGCCGAGGAAGGCUGCCUCGAGCCGGCGGCGGCCGCGGCGCCGGCGGCGGGAAGCGCUGCAGGCAUCCCCAGGGGCUGGGCUGGCGCCGCCGCCAGGGAGCUGCGCCGUGGGGCGCACGGGCCCGCGGCGCCGGCAGCCCCGCCGGCCAUGCCGCCGAGGUCGCCUUCGGCAGCACGCCUGACCGCUCUGAGGUCGCAUGGCCGGUCGUACCACCCAGCCUGAAUCCGCCAGACGUGGGUCUGAGGAGUGCCUUGCUAUGUUGCCAGCGCUUGCCCGCGUCCAGGGCGGCCGUGCAGUGCCAGAGCAGAGCGCUGUGGAGCAGUGUACUCAUUUUAUCUCAAAGGUCAUGGUGGAGCUGUGGCGCCGUCUUCUGGUACGUUUCGUUCUCAGAUGGAAGUAGUUAUUUCAUCUAGUACGGACCCCGUCAUGCUGCACUUUCGCUCGUGUUGCACAGGCGGGCUCGAUCGGCUGCGAUUGUUCAGUGGGAUGGAGUUUCGGGUCCCACGUCGUCGCGUCAUCGUGGUACUCUGUUUCAGCACUUUUUUUUGUUCGGGGGCUGCGCGCGCUUAUUUUCGUUGCGAUUGCCUGGCGUCGUCGCGUUUCUGAGUUGCGGUUGGACGGCGCGGGAAAAUGCUGUAGUGCACAGCGCAUCUCCAGCAGCUGAUAGUCGAGAGGCUGCACAGAAAUUGGCUUCCACUCUUCACUCUUGGCGGGUUUCGGGAUUACUUGGAACGGUCGGAGCCAACUAAGUAUUCCCAGAUAGCUUUCCCUCAGGCUCGACUACCAGGGCCGCCGAUAACAUACGGACUGCCCAAUACGUGUAAAAGCACGGUGGUGGGCAGAAUGUACAGAGAGCAUGCGACGUUGGAGACGUCGUGUCGGCAAUUCGCUUGGGCUAACUUGCGGUUUGGCUCGUGUGGCGUAGCCUUUCCCAUCUGCGGUUUGGAUUGAGACCUUUGGAGGUCACGUCAUUCAUCCACACGCAUCCCCAUACGUACUUUGCCCGUGUUACCGGAUCUAACUGCGAUCCGGGGUGCGGGCCGAUUCCAGCCAUACGUUCGUUGCUCAGACAGGGUGUGUGGUGUUGUUGGCGAGGAUGGCGAGGAUGACGAUGGCGCUGAGGCGUGGUAGGGCUAUUCUCUGACCCAUUCGCUCUGGUAGCCGCUUGGGCCAGCUUGACGGCGCUGUUGCCCGCGCCCUGCUCAUUCGCCCUCCCCCCCUCCCUCCCCCCCCGUAUGCGCCCCCUCCCUCUCCCUUCCUUCCCUUUGUUUUGUGCGACUCCGUGGGCCCCAGGUUCGAGCUUGGAACCUCGGGCGGUGAACCAGAAUUCGGUGCAGCCUUGGGGUCAGCUUCCAAGGCGUGGUGGAUCCUCCCUCUGACAAUGAGGAUAGUCUGUGGGCCUCUACGGAGUGUUCCUUUUUUUCUUACCCCCUCCCGUCGUCCUUCACUCCAAGCACCAGCUUGAGGUCGUGCACCGGCGAUGCUCCGGACUGCCGCUAUAAGACCAUUCGAGGUUGGGAUGAUGCUCCAAUGUUUUGCCCUGCAGUCCAAUCCCAGCCUCUCUGCCUUUGGAGCAUGACUCUGCAAGACAUACCUGCGAAUCUAUAAUCGAUGUGCAUUCCCUCGGAGCUGCUGCAAUUCAGGAUGCCCCAAACAGUAUCUAAAAUAGUGUUAUAGAGGGGGGGGGAGGAGGAGGAGGCCUGAGGCUUUUUUAGGACAGCCUGUGGCUCUCCUGAGGCCGUUUUGGGCCGUCCAGGGCUCCUCCUUUUGCGCUGUGGCAGUUUGGGGGCCCCGCGCACAGACAGGAGAACCAUAUUCUAAAAUGCACGCAUCGAACAUGUUCUUCUGGCGAAAUAGAUGCGGACGGCUCCCCGCUGAGGCCGGGGCGCGAUCGCAUCUCAACGCUUCUGAAUUUUUGAAUAUAACUUGCAGGAGGCUGGAGCGGUGCAGCCUGCAAAAGGAUUGGGCACGCUCUACCGGCAUAGUCGUCCCUUGAGUGUACAGCUUUCGCAUAUUAUUUGAGACGCUGCAAGAGUACGCCUCGGCAGUAAAAACAACAGAGGGGCUGGAGCGGUGCGCGGUGCGGAAAACAAAAAAAGAAAGUUGCACAGAUCGUAAGCCCCCCAGGGGGCGGCGAGGUCCCGAGGUGAUCUGCGUGGGACGUACCUUCUCCGGGCCUCCC